AUGAUAACCUCUGGUCUGAUGACCUGGUUUCAGAUAGUGCAGAAUCUGACAUAGAGCAAGAGGAUGACUACGAUUCUACGGAAGACGAAGUUGGACCACCUGAAGGGGCUGAAAUAGAGAUUGAGGGUGACUUUGAUCGGCUUGUGCAGACCAUUCGGGGGACUGAAGGUAGCUCAAGUUCCGGGAUGUUGAGCAAAGAUUGGGAUUUCAACAUCGAGGAGCACGAUGUCGAGUUCAAAGAUGAUUUGCGUGCAGCUUCUGGCAUUGGAAAAAGAAAGAAGAAGGCACGUACUUAUUAUUAUUGUUCUAUGUUUCGGUGUUUCACCAUUGUUCUACAGGUUAGUCGGCAGCAUGGACCGGUUUUAUCACACCAAGUGCGUUCGCUGAUUGGAGAGGGUAAUCAAGCGUACGUCGACAGUGAUCUACCAGAGGCGAUACGAAUCAUGCAGGAGGUCAUCCGUAUCGAACCUCGUGCUGCGUCGGCAUGGUCUGUUCUGGCACAGUGUUAUGAGGAUACGGACGAACCACAAAAAGCUCUUCAACUUCGCAUUAUGGCUGCGCAUCUUAGACAUGAUGCCGAAGAAUGGGAUCGAUUAGCAAGACAUUCUAAGGAUCUGGGGUACAACCAGCAAGCUUUAUAUUGCUAUCGUAAAUUAUACCGUUUGGAUCCUUCUAACGUCGAUGCCUUAUGGGAUCGAGCUUGUUUAGCUAAAGACAUGGGUGAACUUCGAACAGCUCGUCACUCAUUGGUUGCCAUCCUCAAGCGUUUCCCUCACGAUCUUACUGUUCUCAACGAAGUCCGCCCUAUUCUUAUAGAGUUGUCGGAGUUGUCCCUUUGUGCGUCACUAUACCAAGGUGCCUUUGAUCAUCAUCAGCAAAGCAAUUCCCUGGGACGAGCGGAUGGUACUCGCGAGGACAACGAGAAAGCUGCGAAUCAUUUCGGUCUCUUGGAGGUUCUAGUACUGGCCGAUCUAUACAAUUCGUUAGGAGAGUACGAGCACGCCAUAAACACGAUCCGUAAAGGAUGUCGGUGGCUUCAGGGUCGCGCUGCACAAAAAUUUUGGGACGUAUGUGACGAUGAUCGAGAGUACGAUCUACCAGGUGAUGACGGAGGAGACAUAUAUCCCAGAGCUGGGGAUGUUAGGCCAGGCUUGUAUACUCUGGAUGUGAACGCUAGACACCGCUUGGCUAUCGCAAGACUCAAGUUAGGUGAAAUUGAAGAAGGGAAAAUGCAUGCAAAUAUCGUCCUUUCCCAAGAUGCUUUCGAUUAUGGCGCUUUAUUCGGAGAAACUGCAGACGCCUUUUUUGAGCUGGAGAUGUAUGCUGACGCCGGUCCUAUAUACGAGCUCCUUGGAUCCGACGCAGCUACAAGCAGCCUCUAUGUUCUUCUUCAAGCAGCCGUCUGUCGUCGAAUGCUUGGAGACCUACGCGAAGCGGUGGACGUAUAUCAACAAGUUAUAGAUGCUGAUCCAACAAACAAUGAAGCUAAGAUGAAGCUGGCUGAAUUAUAUGAAAUAAUGGAUGAACCAAGGAAAGCGCUCGAGUUGGUGUACCAAGUCAUCGAUUCCCGGAAAAGACGUGCUGUACAGCGAGAUGAAGGCGUCAAGGAUCCGAGUGAGAAUUCGCAGGGUGCUUCCUUGUUCGAAGAGAAGUCGAAAUCUAAGGCCAAGGCAUCUACAAAUAAAAAUCAAGGCAGGCUCACUAUUGCUCAGCUACGUGACCUAGAAGAACAGAGAAAGCAAGAAGUGAUGAAAAGUUACAAGCGCGUGGAAGAGUUAUGGCCCCUGAUUCUUACCAAUACGCAAGGGGAACAUGAAGAAGCCGAGAGGGAAUGGGUGCUGGAAGCUGAAAAGCUAGUGGAAACAUUCAGGGAAACCCGAAAUCUAUUUCUUACCACGAGGCAUAAUCCAUUUCGUGGUAUGUUCCCGAGAUAUCGAUCCAAGCGGCUCCAUGAAGAAGCAGAAGAAAAUCGUAUGGUAUCGCGACUGGAGUUGAUUGAGCAGGGAAACCUUUUACGGAGGAGCAAGGAGGGCGAGGACUCACGAGCGAAGGUCGACUUCUAUCGUGGACUGUCUUUCGACAAUUGGUUAAGGAUAUUCAUGCAGUAUGCUUUCAUUUUGACGAAACGCAAUCAGUACGAACUUGCUGAUGAAGUUCUUCGCCAUAUCAUGAUAUCAAACGCAUAUCGAAAUCCUGAUCUUCAGGAUACUAUUCGAAUUACACUAAUAACAUGUGCCAUGAUGAGCAGACGUUAUACAGUCGUAGUCGAACAAUGUCGCAAAUUGAUCAACACCCAUCAAUUCAAUAAUGAACCGUUUCGUAUCCUAGUUGUUGCGUUAGCGAGUGGUCUACCCCCAACUGAUUCUUUUAUUUCUUCAACUCUUCAAAAACAUCUCUUCAGGGAGAUCAAGCUUAAUGAUGCCGCAAUUAAAAAGCCAGAUACGCUCAAAUGGAACGCAACAGGAGGACGAUACGUACUGACUACUAGUAAAGCCGUGGAAGGUGAAGACAUGGCAAAACUUAACGAAGGCGAGGAUAUGUUAGAAGAAGAAGGGGAGGAGGUACUUGCAGAAGAACCCACAGACGCAGACAAAAACAAACACCCAAGAAUUCCGAUCAAGGACAACCCUAUGAUAGUCGCGGUAUAUGGGCAAGUAUGUAUUGCAGCGAAAAGUUACCAGAGCGCAAUAUUUUAUUUACUACAUGCAUACGACUACUGCCCAAACGAUCCUACGAUUUGUCUGUGCUUGGCUAUUGCUUCCAUCGGCCGUGCGAUGCAACGCCAAUCAGACAACCGCCAUCACCUCAUUGCUCAAGGAAUGGCCUUUCUUUCUCAGUAUCGCACCCUACGAAAAUCCUGUCCUGAUGGCUUGGCUGAAGUCGAAUUCAAUUUCGGAAGAGCAUUCCAGCAAUUAGGCCUACAUACUCACGCUGUCGUGCAUUAUGAGCGUGUGCUCGAGCUAGCUGAGACUAACCAUGCUGAACACGGUCUUACAAAAGAGGCUGCAUAUAAUUUAUCUCUAAUCUAUGUGACGACUGGGGCCAUCCCUUUGGCUGACGCUCUCUAUCGCCGCUGGCUAUCCCUGUAAGAACACGAACUGUAACUCGAUCGGUAUGUGCUGUACUAGUAGAGUAGAUGGAAUACAAUCAGAGAGGCGGAUCAUGGUAGAA